AUGGCCAUCUCCAGUUCUUCUCCAAGUUCUGGAGACUGGUCCUUGGCUUCUUUCUUAUCGUGCAGAAAACCCCACAAAACACUGAAACUCCAAUCUUCGUUUUCCAUUCCCACAUGGAAUGUCCGAGCUUUCCAAGUCAUCAACUCCUCUAGCUGCCCUUCUCCAAUACUUGAAGAUCAAGCAUCGACCAAUUUGCCAGACACUGAAGUUGACCUGAAAUUUCAAGAACUUCAAAUCCCGGAUGCCGAAGACAGCUUAAACGAGUUCCUAUGUGGGCUAUUUCAUGACCCUGAGACUGAAGCAAUGGGGUAUGAACAGUAUGCGAAAGCCAAGAAGGUAGCAAAUUUCAGACCAAACAAAUCAACAUUGGAGCAUGCAACGAGACUUGUUAUUAGUUGCAUUAGAGCUAGGAAGUUCAAGAUUGCUAGGACUUUGCUGGAAGUGUUCAAGUCUGACGGCGAUGUUGCUCUUUCGGCCUUUAAUUCCACAAUGAGGGGCUACAAUGAGCUUCAUAUGUAUAAAAGUACCAUUUCGGUGUUUGAGAAAAUGAUAUCUGCUGGAAUUGGUCCAGAUUCUGGUUGUUAUUGUAGGAUAAUGGAAGCUUAUUUCAGAAAGGGUGAUUAUAGAAAAGUUGUUGAGUUGUUUCAGGAAUUGAAAAGUGAAAAAUUAGAUUUGACACCAUUAUCAACACAAUUUCUAUUCAAGUCGUUAUCCAAAUUGGGGAAGCCUGUAGAAGCACUUGAAAUUUUCCGAAGUAUGUCAAAGGAAGGCAUUUCUUUGGACUCUUCAAAGAUAUAUUCUGUUUUGAUUAGUUCAUUUGCGACCAUUCGAGAAGUGAAGGUCGCUGAAGAGUUGUUCAAAGAAGCAGAAACCAAGAAAAUGUUGAGGGAUCCAACCGUUUUUUUGAGAUUGAUCACCAUGUAUGUUGAAGAAGGGCUGGUGGAUAAGACUAUUGAAGUAGUCAAGGUAAUGAAGGGUGCGAAUAUCAGAGUUUCUGAUAAUAUAUGCUGCGCAGUUGUGAGUGGCUUCUCCAGGAAAAGUGGCUUGCUCACUGCAGCUAAAGUGUUUGAAGACUUGAUCUUAAUGGGAUGUCAAGCCGGGCAGGUGACAUAUGCUUCGAUUAUCAACGUGUAUUGUCGUCUCGGACUUCAUUCUAAGGCUGAAAUGGUGUUUAAAGAGAUGGAAGCAAAAGGGUUUGAUAAAUGUGUCGUGGCGUAUUCUAGCAUGGUUGCUAUGUAUGGGAAGACAGGAAGGCCAAGGGACGCAAUGAAGCUUGUGGCCAAGAUGAAAGAAAGAGGGUGUAAGCCGAAUGUGUGGAUCUACAAUUCUUUGAUGGAUAUGCAUGGAAGGGAUAACAAUAUGAGGCAAGUUGCAAAGUUAUGGAGUGAAAUGAAGCGAAGGAAGGUAUCACCAGAUAAGGUGAGCUACACAACUGUUAUAGGUGCUUAUAACAAGGCAGGGGACUUCGAUAUGUGCUUGAGAUAUUACAAUGAGUAUAGGACUCAUGGCGGUGCUUUGGACAAGGCUAUGGCUGGAAUGAUGGUUGGUGUUUUCUCCAAGAGUGGUCGAGUUGACGAGUUAGUGAAGCUUUUACGAGAUAUGAAAGAAGAAAGAACAGGGUUAGAUGUGAGGCUUUAUCGGUCGGCCUUGAAUGCUUUGGCAGAUUCGGGUAUGGAAAUGCAGGUGAAAUGGUUUCAAAGUAGCUUUGAGGUGACAUAGAAAAUUAGAA